AUGCCAUUCGCCACGAACAUUCAAGGAGUAAUCAGGUUGGCAGCAGCCUCUCGUGCCUUCUACAUAGGUAUCUCAUAUGUUGCAUAUCUCCUUCUUCCUCGCUUUGACAAAUCCACAGAACUUAUUCCCAGCAACUCAUGUAUGAAAUUUCUCCUUUCGUGGGACUCCAUUCACUUCCUAGAGAUCAUGGAGAGAGGAUACAGGAAAACCCAUGAGGCUGCAUUCUUUCCCCUUCUUCCGUAUCUAUCCCGCUGUAUCCACAAGGUUCUUCCACUAGAUCCAUACACAGUGGGAGUUCUUGUCUCGUGUACAGCCUUUGUCUUUAGUUCUGCAUUGCUCUACAGGAUCACCCAAAAAAGGUACGGAAACAAAAUAGCAGCGAUGAGCUGUAUCCUCUUCAUUUUCAACCCGGCAUCUAUAGUGUACACAGCCAUGUAUUCGGAAUCCUUGUUCAUGCUUCUCUUUCUCUUGGGAAUGUAUUUCAUAGAAAACAGAGACACUGUUCGCGGAGUGUUGUUUUUGUCUUUGUGCGGCCUGUGCAGAUCGAAUGCGGUUUUAUUUGCUCCAUUUCUCAUGUGUCCUUUAAGUAGAUAUACAUUCACAAAAAUCGCUGUAUUUCUACUUCCACUUGCUGCAUUUCAAUACUACACCCUGCUUAUGAUCAACAGAGCUAACAAUACCUACAAAAUCUUCAUUCCUUAUUCUUUCAUACAGAGGACCCUGUGGGAACAAGGACUAUUCCGAUUCUUCACAUACAAGAACAUCCCCAAUGUAUUGGUUGGGCUUCCAUUCAUCCUGAUUUCUUUGUUUAUUCUCAGAGAGUACUGGAACAAAAGAUGUGCAGGGAGUUCCAAGGCCAUUGGCAUCCUUCAGCACUUCAACACAGACAUGUGUGCGGUUGUCCUUCUGGCUCAAACUCUUAUCACAGUAUUCUUGAUUCAUUGGAACAUGUACUUUAGAUUUGUCUCGUUCAAUCCUCUAAUAUAUUGGAUUCUGGCAGAAAAAUACUACACAAUGAAUAACGGACUCUGGAAAAAAGUUCUGUUCAGGUUCUACUUUGGAUUUGGAAUAGCAUAUGCAAUUCUUUUUGGAUGCUUUUAUCCACCGUGCUGA